CUCGCCUUUGUCUCGACAAACUCCCCUCCCCCUCCCCCUCCACCCCCUGCCCGCAACCGCGCUGCUGCUGGUAUAUACAUGCCACUAUAUCCAUCCCACAGCUCGCAUCGCCUCGUCCGUCUGCAUUGCACUAGUCUCUUUUACCUUCUCCCGGCCUCGACUCUCUUCUGACCUGUUUACUUAUACUUAUAUAGGCGUGUGGUGACGUCCUAACCAAAAAGAAACUCGAUCCUCAUCGCAGAGGCUGUCGAGGCGCAACCUUCACCUGUAUCGACUGCAUGGUUUACUUUCCCGGCGUCGAAUAUCGCUCUCAUACCUCUUGCAUGACCGAAGAGCAGAAAUACCAAGGCGCAUUAUACAAACCCAAGCAAAACAAGAAGCAGCAGCCACAGCAGCAGCAACAACAACAGCAGCAGCAACCGCAACAACAUCAACAACAACAGCCCGCCAUGAACUCACAUCGCAUGGGCAUGGCCAACACGCUGGCCCUGCAGCCAUUCGUCGAAGACGUUGGCGAGGACAAAGAAUACGAAUCAUGGCACGAGUACGAAAUCACCAACAAGUCUCCCACGGGCCCUCCUCCAGAGGCGCCGACUCCUCCGUCUGCCGCCGACGAUGAGCACGUCAACGUCUUUGACUUCCUGGACAAUUCUCAGACCCCGACCGCCUCGAACGUGAGCCGCACAAGAGACCGAAAGCCCUCCAAUGCCGACGACACCACCUCUCUUGUGCGCUACGAGACCAAGACUGGCGAGCUCUUGGAACCGGCCUCAAUUAUGGACCAGGACGGAGAGCCGCUGGUACAAUAUGGAACCGGCCCUGUGCCCACUGCGGAUUUCGUCACCCCUAAGCCCAAGACGGAGCGACGAAGGUCAUCAAAGGAGCGCGGCACCCAGAAGGACAAGAAGCGGAAGCGCUUGCACAUCGACGUCACUGGCGACCAGAUCAUGGCCGACGCACCCCCCGUUCUUCACUCUGGCCUUACCGGCGGCCUGAAGAACAUGAUGCGACCUACCUUACCGCCCUCACCCGACUACUCUGGAGACAACAUUGCCGACCUUUCGCCCACAAGCCCCCUCAAGAAGUCGAAGCACUCUCGACACCACAAGAGCAGCCACCACCACCACCAGUCCACCACUAGCAUCUUUGGCAUGAUCGCCGGCGCCCCGCCCAAGACCAAGUCGAGCAAGCGCAAGUCUUCUUCUUCUUCUUCUUCCAAGAAGCACUCGCACAAGCACGAGAAGAAGUCGCCCAAGCUCAUCGAGUACCGACCCGGCUCCAAGGACGGCAAGGGGGACCAUGGCGGGCAGAUGGUCGUCUUCAAGCCUCGCGCCGAUGUCUUCCUAAGCUUCGUGAACAAGGGCCCAGAGAGCGAGCGCGGCUGCAGCAUGAACAAGGCCCUGAAGCGUUUCCAUCGGGAGCGCCAGGCUGCUGGCGAUAACGUUCCCAAGAUCAAGGAAGAGAAGGAGCUGUGGAGGUCACUGCGGCUUCGACGCAACGACCGAGGCGAGAUUGUUCUCUUCUGCGAAGAAUAA